AGGCUCUUAAUGCCAAGUCUUGGGUUAUAUAACAAAUCAUCUCCUUUAUUGAGGAAGAGAAAGAAAGAAAAAAAAAUCUGAGGAAUAAUGGCAACGACAAGACAGAUCUUGGAACAGCCACAAUCGCCAUAUAUUCAACGCAUCAAGAGCAUCAAUGGCAGUCCCAUGAUUGAUGACAAAGAAGAGGAGCUUUCACGUUCUGCUUUGGCUUUGUUUAAGGCAAAGGAAGAUGAGAUUGAGAGGAGGAAAAUGGAGGUUAAGGAUAGGGUCAAAACAAAGCUUGGACUCGCUGAGGAAGCCACUAGAAGAUUAGCUGAGAUUCGAGAAGAGCUAGAAGCUCUUACCGAUCCAAUGCGAAAGGAGAUAUCCGCGUUAAGGAAAAGAGUCGAUGCUAUUAACCGAGAGCUCAAGCCUUUAGGACAGAGUUGUCAAAGAAAGGAGAAGGAAUUCAAAGAAGCCCUUGAAGCUUACAAUGAAAAGAACAAAGAGAAAGCUAUGUUUGUUAGCAAACUUGUUGAGCUUGUUACUGAAAGCGAGAAACUUCGGAUGUCAAAGCUUGAGGAACUCAGCAAAAGCAUUGAUAUUUCGCUACGCUAAGUCGCUAACACAAGAUGGAUGACAAAUCAAAGGUUGCAAAAAGCAGCCAAGCUUUUUUUUUUUAAUAUCUCUUCUGCAGCUUUUAAUUGUUUGAUUCAAUAUAUUAUUUGCUUGUCUUUGUGAUCAAAACUAUUUUUCUGAUUCUGAAAACCUUAGAAGAAAUGUGUUUAAUGAUUCGGUAUAAUCUCACAUUCUUAUGCUUUCAUGU